AUGGUGCACAUUGUGGGCGCGGUGAAGCAGCAGCUGCGGGUGAGCCAGGAGGAGCAUUCCGUGGCUGCGCUUGAGCGGGCCUUCAACACCCUGCAGGGGUUGGAAUUAGGGACGCCCGCUGGGGAAUUGUCCUCGACGAAUAUCUUUAACGAGCUGCAUAUACUCUGCUGCGAGGCAGCGAUGGGGUUGGAGGAAUGGGGUGUGGCGGAGCGGUGCCUUAAAAACUUCAUGGGGAAGCGGGCCCCGACGAAGGCGUUGGAUGCGCGCGCGCUGUACUGUGAGGGCCUUCUCGGCCUACACGACAUUCCCACCUCCUCCCGAGGCAGGGAGAAGGUGACGCUGCACCUGCGUUGUGCCACCAAAAUUGUGACUGGGAUAAAAAUUGCGCUGGAGGAGUGGCCGAAGGAGGCGCGCACCCUCACCGCCGGCGUGGAGCACCUGUGGCUGGCCAUUCGUGACCUCUUCAACCCAGGCACCUUUGACAGCGUGCUUGACAUCGCGGCCUUUGUCCUCACCCUGCACGAGAAGCUUGGCCUGGGAGGGCCGUUUUCCCAGCUUCAGUGGACCACACGGUAUGCGAGCUGCCUCCGCGGGGUUGGCCGCCACCAAGACGCGGUCGCGCAGCUCGCGACGGCCUCGGAGAUUGUCUCGAAGGUGGGCUCGGAGCGGCUGCAGUUGCAGUUUUUGCGCGUGCAAAUUGCCUUCUGGGCCAACCUCUCCGGCGCCCGUUCUAAGCAGGACUACACAAAGUCCAUCCUGCAGGCUCUCUACGUGGCACAGUCGUUUUUCUGUGGUAUUACGGAUGAGAACAGCGCGACGGCGGAACUCAUCGCCGCCCAUGAAAAACUGCUCCUUGAUCCAGAGAAGAAGGAGACAAAGCUGAAGAGUCGCAAGGCGAUGGAGGCUGAAAUCACCUUCAGUGACCCAGCACUCGUAAUGGAUGUCCUCAGCGAGGUGGUGCUUGGACUUGCCUUGUGUGGGGCGGACGAGGUAUGCAAGGUAAGUUUACCGAAGCUGCUCCAAAGUGAGAGUGUCCGUCCGCGUCUGUUUGGUGAAUUUGCGCAGGCCAUUUUGCGGGCCCGCGCAUGUGGGGCCUUGGGCGCCGCCAAGGCGUUGGACGCCAGCUACCUCACCAGAACCAUGGCGGAGGCCCUGUUUAAUUGCAUCAAGGCCGUGGAAGGGACAAUGGACAGCGCACGCAUGAUUGAUGACCCCUCCGAGCAUGCAUACACGCUUCAAGUCGGAUGCGUCAUUUUGUGGAAUCUGUGCCUUCCGCUUCUGCAACCGGAGACACGUGGAAAACUGCGUCUCACCUUGAAGCGGAUCAUGUUGUUGCUGACACAUUACGGCUCGAAUUUGACGGCGCUACUCGUGCACGUGGCGUAUGAGUCAAGCCUGAUUGAGUUUGAGGAGGACAACCCAACUUCCGCCAUUGAGCAGUUAGAUCGGGCGCUUGCGCUGAACUACUGCGUCGUCAACGCGGAGGGAUACAUGGUGUUUCCCAUGGAUUUCGCGUUACUUUACCUGCGGCGACGGUGCGUGGUGCGGAAGGCCAUCGACAGCAGCGUCUUCUCCGCGCAGGAGGACCAAGUCAUCCACCUCAUUGAGCAGGCGCGGACCUCGGGCUCGGCCUCGAAUCGGCUUGUGCUCCUGCAGUCGGCCAUGACGAAGCUGCCGCCGCUGGGCCAGCUGCUCGACCCGGGCGUCCUGGCAAAGGAAAAGCAGCCGCCGGUGCGGGAGCGCUCAAAAGGGACGCGCGCGAAACAACCCUCUGUUGCUGUUGAAGCACCCGCGGAGCUAACGCCGCGCGUGAUUACAAACCCGCUAGCUGCUAACAUUUACUCGCUCCUCCUGAAGGAGGCCAAGGAGGGGAAGACUCCGGCGAUGCACCCCAUCAUCGAAAAGGUGGCAAGUAGCCUCACGCACAUUGAUGUGAUUAAUGAGGCGGACUCCAGAGAUUUACUUGUGAUCAAGGCAGAGGCGCAUUUGAGCAUGGCUGAGGUUUUGGCGACAACCGGUAAGAAGUCCAUUGGGACGAAGUCGGAUUCUACGGCAGACGCCAUGUCUCACAUCUCGGCAGCAGCAAAGAUCAGUAUUAAGCUUUGUGCGGCUGGUUACCGAGAGGAGUGGAUUGCCGUGAAUGCCUGUCUGUCGCUGAUUAGCUGGUAUUCAGGGAUAUUCCGCAAGGGCUUGUUCCUUCCUGCUACAGUGGCGCUUGGAGAACUAUACGCGGCGCUAAACCAAACCCAUGUGGAUCCAAGUAGAGAAUACAGACUCUUCCACGAUAUUGGCUUCGGUUACGUUAUGUCGAUCCUGCAAUCCUACAUCGCAUCUAAGGCUGAAGUAGACGGGGAGUUGACGUGUGACACCUUGGCGGAAACACUGCGAAAAACAUUCUUGUACCCCAUCUCUGAGGCAGGCAACCCCAUGCUUCGGCAGGCAGGGGAUGUCUGUCGCGAGUUGAUGGGUAAGUGGCAGUUGCCGUCGCAGAGGAAAAAGUUUUGCUUACUGGACGCAUGCAUUCAACGUCUGCUUGAGCGCAGCCCAGAGGAUUCACAUCACCCACAGGAGCAGUUGCUACUUUUGCUUGGGCGGCUAAAUGGCCCCAUGUCUGUGGGAGAGAAGCGGGCGCUGAUUAACAAGGAUGCUCUGGAACUGCUCCGCCUAGAUCCCUCUGUAGAGUUGUGUGGACGCCUUGCAACGCACAGCACCCAAGUACCAGACAAUGAGCGGGUUACACUGGAGCUCUGCCGCAUUGCAGACCAGUUGUACCAGGAUGGGAAGCUUGGGUGGGGGACGAAGGCGCCCAUCACCAGCCACGUCGGCAAGGAAAGAGGUCAUGCGUCUAAUGCAGCGUCGGCCUCUGCCGCUGGUGCCGGAGGCGUGUUCCCCAAACCGACGGAGGAAGACUGGUACUGGUACGCUGACAUUCUGCUUCACCAGGCGACCGUGCUUGGACGGCUGGGAAGUGGCAUUGAGCGUUCCAAGCGGCACGAUUUGGAGAAGCAGGUUCUCGUGGCCAUCACCAACAGUGCGAUUGCGGCUUCCCACGGCCCAGUGUCUUCGCGUGUGUCGCAGAUAACGGAGGCUUAUCAUGCCUUUUGUUCUGUCGCAGGGUCGUUGAGUGGGGCCGCCCGCCCGCUGCUUCUCCCGAGUCUUCGCAUACUGCUUUCGCCGUCCCUGCUGCCGAUGGCCUCGUUGUCCUCGCGUGGGGGCGGGGGCAACAGGGACGCUGAGGGUCUCGCAGAGCGGGAUGCGGUGGCGUCGCUCAUUACGACUAUGGCCGCUAUUUUUUUCAGGGCCUUGUCAGAGCAGGGCGCCUAUGAGGAGGGAAUAAAAACUCUAAGGGAACUUCUUGCGGUGCUGCCGGCGAAGUACCACAAGGUGUUUCGAACCUACGAGGCCCAAUUUCGCUCCAACUUGGGGCUGCCCACAGUGCAGCUGGUGAACAAAGUCAAGGGAGGCGAUCCAGAGAUUGAGGCGGCGGUGUGGAUUGCCAUCGCGAAGAAUGCCGCAAACAUCACAGACAGCACAAAGAGUUGGAUGCAGGCGAUUGAGGUUUUGCAAAACAAACCACUUCAAAAGGCCGAUGCACUUAUUCAAAUGUCGGAAUGGAUGACCAGUCGUAAUGCACUUUCCAGACGUGAGCUUAUAACCCUGCUGCUUUCUGCAUUGGACGCCGUGGAGCGAUUCAGCGAGUGCCAACUGUAUCGACCCCUUGAAGAAAGCCAGAGAGAGGGGUCGCUGCGAAGUAUGCGGCAGGUGAUGGCGCCUUCCUUGGCUGGACGCACCUUUCUCUACUCAGAUGCCGCCUCCAUGCGCUCUGGGACGGGCUCCACGGGCGGUUCCGGUGAACCAGCCUCGCUCCGUGAGGCCAUGACCGCGAUUCGUGUGAUGUAUCUUCUUUUUGUGGUGGCGCCGGAUAAACCUCUUGAUGGCUACCAUUUCGCCAGUUGUAGGCGCUCUUGUGCUUCUACCAUUCUUCAUUACGUCUUCUGCAUGUGGAGCAUUGUCUCGGCGCUCCUACGACCCAAAGACGCCGACGCAGACGAGGCCCUGAGGCACAAUCCUUUGGAACUCCCAGAAGAAUUUCACGCAUGGCAGGGCUUUUCUGCGGAUCCACAACAUAUAGAGUUUAUACGCGUUUCCUGCCCAGACGACGCCUCACACAAUACAGAGAAGAUUUGGGGAAUGCUGUUCGAUGUGUGUGAAUUUCUUGUGGAGGAAAAUUGGGAGCAGUUUACCUUUAUGAUCUUUAGCUGGAUUGAGUUUGCCGCAACCUGGCGGUAUGGGCCUUCUGACCCGCGUACUAUGGCUGUCCUCCGUGCGAUUCGCUGCAAGUGCCUCUUGGCGGGCGCCCGCAGCGGGUGGGGCGGGUUAAGUGGCAUGUACCACGUGGAUGCUCCAACAGCCGAGUAUUGGUCGGGUAUCCAGGAGCUACUUCUUUCAGCCGACGUGCCGCCAUCCUCAUUAAUCUGGUCGGAUGGAGCAUUGUGCUUUACGAGCUUUAGAGCCAGUACCUGCUACUGCGUUUUGAGCGAGGCGGAGGCUCUUUUUAUUCUUGGGCGGGUGCAGGAGGCACUGCAGUGGAGCGAAAAGGUGCUGCCUUGCGCACUGCAUGUGGGCAACAUCGAUGCGGUGGUGCGUUGCCGCCUCUUGGAGGCGCGUGCCCGCAUAUUGCGGGGUGAGGGGGGCCCCGUGCUAAAGCAGCUCUAUGAGCUUGAGGAGGAGUUCAGCGGCAUCACGUUUCGAUUGUGGACGACGCUGAACUUGGUGCGGUUUGAGGCCUUUCUUUGUAAUGGGCAGGUGGAGGAGGCCAUCAGUCUUGCGAGGGAGCUCCCGCAGGCCUUCUCACGCCGCGUGGCAGAUAUCGCCGCCGAUGGACUGGCCGGGGAGGUUGCGGCGGAUGUCUUAAAGGACUGCACGGGAAGAGUACUGCGUGAGUCCGCCCAGCAGCUCUUGGCGCUCUUGCAUCUGCCCUGCCAUCGCUUCUGUUGGCCAGGGGAGAGCGAGGAGAGCGCCAGAAGUUACCUCGCAGAGGUGGCCGAGCAGCUGCAGGGAAUGGAGGAUUGGAAGAGUCAGUCUGUUGCACUGCGUGUUCGGCAGAGUCUGCACCCUUCUGUGGAGGAGGUGCUUUCCAGCGCGGACGUGGAAAAGGGGAAGGAAUUUUUGACGCUCUUGUACACGGAGUACUGUGAGGCCUUUAGGGUGACCGAGUUGAUUCGCGGUGAGAUGUAUGUGGUGGCACCUCUUUCCGCGUAUACAAAGAAUCUUGCUACCCACCCCAGCAUUGCGAAGGCCUACGACGAGGUGUUGGUCAUGCGGGCUCGGAAUUGUCUGGAGCGCGAGCUGCUGAAAGACUUUUUCGUACUGCACUACGAGCAACUCUCGAUGGAGCAACUUGGCAUUCCGACAGGGGGGCCGAGUGAGUUAACUGCCUCUGUGCUGAAGUACAUGCAAGACCCCGCGGCGUACGAGCAGUGUAAAAAGAAGAUGACGCCGGAGGGCGGCGGGGGAACGUCGGAGGGGGCCUGGGACGACGAAUUCACCCCAAACAAGUCUGUGGUGUGUGCGCUGAAUCACUUUGGUAUUCCACAGACGCAGGUGGAGGGGGCUAGCAGCGCAGAGGCGGAGGCCAUGCUGCUUCGCACCGUGGACGCGGAUGGAGAGUGUACGCCAGUACAAAUGGAGGCUGUUAUCGCUGUCUCUCUCGCCGAGUUGCAACGACGGCUGAAGGCGCUUUGCCAGGCGGAGGGCGCCGAGGUGAAAGCGGCGGUGGUGCGUGCCCGUGAGAACGACACACUGACACGGAAAUGGGCUCUCCCUAUCCCGACGAUGGAGCAGCUCGUUGGCCAGAAAGCAAAUCGGAAGGCGCUGUUAGCGGUGCGUCGGAAGUCUAGAAAGUCUACUUACGUGGAGCCGCCAGUACACGAGGAGAAGCCCGUGAAUCGCUGGGUAGAUGAGGACAGUAACUUGCACUCUACGCUCCAACUCGGCGCCAGGCAUGCGUCUCAUUUAUUGGAAUACAGAGAAUUGGCAAAAUGCUACGUCUGCAUGGCUCACGACCUCACACUCUCUGACAGCCCUUGUGCCGCUGGGACUGCCAUUGAGUUCGCUCAGGCUGCGGAGAUGUGUGGUUUCCUGCUUGAUAUUCAGUCGGCGCUUUUGCAAAGUUCCCCCGAGAGCAAUUUGAUUCGGUUUAUAGAGAAGACAAAGUCGAAUGCGCCUUUUCUCCUGAACACGCCCGCCUUUGACACCGUGCGUGGGGCCUUGGUGAGUGCCUCCAGCAUGCUUAGAUACUUCGAUCUUGCCUUCAAGUGGCCUGCGGAGCCAAAUAAGCCGAAGCCACUCGCUCCGGACUUUUGUGCCCUCAGCGUGGUGCGGGAGGAGUGCAGCUCGUACUUCCUCGUGGCCCUGCGGUGCCCAGAUGGUGGGGUGCACAGCCGCAGGGUGCAGCUGGAUGUCCACUCCCUGCUAGAGUGCGGCGACGAACUUGAGACAGUCAAGCAACUCAGGAAAGAUGAAAUCAUCAAGCAGGAUUCUACUGGAAAGGCUUCCCUGGAGUCAAGCAGCCUUGCCCUUUUACAGUCCCUCUUGUGUCGAGUUGAGGCCGUGGCGGCCCCUUUAUGGGCGGAUUUUAAAAACCUCGCUUCCUGGCUUGCACCUAACUGCCACAUGUUUCUCUGUCUGGACCCCGUCCUUCAGUCGCUGCCGCUGGAGCGGCUCUCGGUGUUCACGCAGUUCUUGUCGGUGCAACGUGAGCUGUCCGUGGCUCACAUUCGGCACAAACUCUCCAUUCGUGGCGGGAAAACGUUCUCUGUUGGAAGCCUCUUUAUCUUGGAUCCACUCGGCGAGCACGAGGCCUCGCUGCAGACUCUGUUUGGCGCAGAGGCUCGUCCAAAGGCAACGACAGGCGAGAUUAUUUGCUCGUCAAGGGACAAAAACGGUGCUCAGUGUAGCCCCUCGCCGUUGUUUGUGCGUCAGGCGCUAACCGCAACUAGACACAACACCCUUCUUGUUGACCUGUGUGGUAGUUUUGCAGACCUUGUGAGCCCACGGACCCUGGUGGAGCUGAACCUGGACCACAUGCUUGCGGCCCUUGUCGCUGAAGGCACCAACGAUAGCUCCCUACGCCGUGAACAGAAAGGACGCAUGAGCAAGACAGCACUAAACCUCUUCUACGAGCGGCAGUCCAUCGUCUCCCUCCUCUUUUUGUCACGUGGUGUGCAGUAUUUUUGUAAUAAUACCUUGCUUCCACUUUCCCCAGAGGAGUGCGACCUUGUCUGCCGCCGCUGCUUGCCUGCUAUUAUGGGUGGUGGUAAAGGCCUUUCCGAGGCCGUUCGCGGCGGCGCAGGUGAUGCCGCGGAUCCCUGUGCCGCGGCGUUCCUCUUUUACGGUGUUCCCCCCACAGGGAAGCAGAAAUAG